AUAAUUGUAUAAUAUUUGAGAAAAAUUCGCAAAACUUGGAAACUUUUCGACUAUGUAUAAUUAUAGGCUUUUUUGAACCAAAAUUUAAGAAUAAAAACUGGAAAAAAAAAUCAGAAAAUUGUUUUAAAGCAUUUCAAAAAUAUUUUAUACAAUAAAUAAACUUACAAACCCAGUUAAAAAUAAGAAAAACCUUUAAAUCGUCAUUUGAAUAUACCGAGGUGCCUUUUUUUUCCUGUCAAAUUUUCCCUACAAAAUGAUCGGCUCGUAUAAUUUUUUAUGUGUUCUCCUAUUGUUUCCCCCCAUAUGCUGACUAGAGAUCAAACCAGGAAUGGUUCCAUUUUCCUAUGACUAAUCCACAAUUUCAUCACAAAUUUCUGACAAUUGAUUUUCUCAUUUCUUCAAAUAUCUCCUCGUUAAAAAUGCUGACUUGGGAGUUCGAGCUGAUGACGAUCUAUGAGGAUGACGACGAGGAUCAAGUUCCAACAAAUGUUACUUUCGAGAUUCUCAUUCUGAAGCUGAAAAUGGAGAACAAACGCUAUUUCAUGUUCAACCGCUGGGUGGAUCGUCUCGCUGAGUUGUGAUAUUUUCGACGUCUCGAGAAGAAAUAAUAUUUUCAUUGCAAAUUCUAAUCAAUACAUUCACCACCAAUAAAUUGUUCACU